AUGACAGCAGCUGAAGCCUUGCUGGCCUACGAGCCCUUGCAACAGCUCCAGCACGAGAAUUUCUUGUUGCGUGAAGAGAAUCGUCGAAUCCGGAGUGAGGCUCGCGAGUUGUUGGCAUGGAAGGAGAAGGCUGUAGCCCACAUGGCAGCGAUGGCACCAGCUCGUCGGCGGGCUGCACGUGAAGUUGAACGCGCAAAGGAGCUUCAACAACAACUUCGAGCAGUCGAAAGCUCAUUGAAAUCCCGAGGCGCGCUUGAACUAGCUACAACAGAGCUGGAAACGGAGCGUGGGGCUCUUCAGCAUCGCGUCGACGUGCUCAAACGUGAGAAUACUGGCCUGAAGCUUCAAAGCGAUCACAGAAAGCGUCGAGCUGACGAAGCUGAAGCUCAGCUCGCAGCCAUGGGAGAGUCAUUUCGGCUUCACCUGGAGCGCUUAGGCUACAGUAAUACUGAUUCUACCAUUGGAAACCAGGAUCCUGAGAGCCCAGAGACUGAAGCGGGAGAUGCCGAUUCAUCAUCCUCGGACUCGUUGAGCUCUAUUGCUCUAGUGACAGGUCUAGACGCGGUGGCAUCCAAGUGUCUAUCGUGGCUCCAGGGACACUUAGAGCAAUCAUUUGCGCAACAACAACACAAGGCAGCGUGUUUCGAAGCCCAGCACGAAGAGAUGAAGCGCUUGAAGGAGCAGGUACAGGCCGCAGGUCGUAUCCCGGAAGAACUGGCCGAGCAACAUGCCAAGCUAACGCGCGAACUCCUAGAACUACGUGAAACUCAUGGACAACUACAGCAACGAGUAGCGGGCGCAGAGAACAUGGUGAUUAUCCAGCAGCAACGUAGAGAGGACAUGGCAAUCCGCCUACGCCUCGUUGCAGGUGAGGUGCGUCAGUACCUGAGACUUGUUCGGGGUGAAAUCAAGCGCAAGUUUGGAUAUUUGCCUGAGGCCAUCGCCCAUGCUGAAAGCUGGACUAGGAUCGCUGAGGCGCUGGAACUGUUGCUGUGUCAGAGUUCGGAUCGGUGCAUGGCUCGAAGUCGUGGGAGGAAUGGCAAGUGA